CAAGGUCAGCAACCUGUCUGGUUUGUGCAUUUAGGUUCAAUCAUCUGAUUUAAGCUUCAACAGGGGAUUAAGGUGCAACAGGCCUCAAAGUGGCCGUCAUGGAGCCAUCCAUAUUACGGGCGAAUGGCCAGCAACAUUGUAAUUCAAUUUUGGCGUCCUAAACAUCCAUCUACGAACUGCCAAGACGGAGAUAUCUGUACGCAGAGUACUUCGUACUAGGUUACCGACUCCAAUUUUCCAACCUGUAAAGAUGUAACAGACGUAUCGCACCGAUACAUUGGCCUACCUUCAUCAUGCCGCGAACUAUUUCUUCCCUCUUUAUGAACUGUCGACUCCCCACUCGAAGCAUGGAAGAUCGCAGCCACCAGAUCUGAAAGAUUUCGCAGCAUGGCAAUUACUGUGGUCCCGCUUCUAAGUUGCAUGUGGGUCACGCUUCCUUCACACACCGAGAAACAUAGCUCAAGAUAUGCGUCAAAUUAUGCGUGUAUUCGUAUGGGUAAUCGUACAGAGGGCCAUCUGAAGAAAUCGCUGUACAAGUGGACUGCCCAGAUUGAGUCGUGGAUGGGCCAUGCUGCCAAAGUUCGCAAUAUGGGGUCGCUAUGACUCGCUGACCCAGCCGACCUGCAAUCUCAUAUAAGAAGCUUUGCUAGGUAUAUGAAGCGCAUCUUGGUGUCAGCUAUUUGAAUAGAAAGCCUGAAACUGGGCGCAGUGAUUCGGGCAUUGGCCUUGACAUUGGGACCGAAGCUCGACCAUCGGGAGAUGUUAGUUGGCCGUGUUUUCUACGAAGUUGAUCAUUAAUCGGGUUCUUGGCACAUGGACUUCUCCAUCGGCGACGGGAUGAAAUUUCCAUCCUACUGUGAAUCAGGGAGUUCAUAUUGCUUCCUUGGGCGUACUCAUAAAGACUAUAAAAGGCCAAUCGCUCUUCUCACGAUCGAUAGCUCCGCAGUUCAUUCCAAUCCAACAAACCAAUUCAACAUCUCAAGCAUCUCAAACCUCUCAAAAUGCAGC